GCAUUUGUUCCUGACGGUUCCUGCAUCAAGGUGAAAUCCUGCCCUCCGCUGACAGUAAAGUGGACAGGUAGAGUGAGCGGUCUCAGUUGGCGUCUUUCUGAACACAAGACAUCUCGCGUGUCCUCUCCCGUUGAGGAGUUGGAUUGCAACAGAGGGCGCAUAUAGACCGCCGGGCUGCGCAUUCUUAGCUGGGGACUAAUUUUCUGUCCUCCACUUAGCUCCGGGUAAACAGCACCGCCCCGAUGGUUGCUUGUUUUGAAGUGUGGAACGAUCCAUCGCAGAGCGCCGGGCUCGAUUGACACUGUCUGCUGAUCUGCUACUGCGGAUUGCUCAGAAUAACACGGCUGCUCGCUAAUUCCCGUCUACCGGGGCUUUCGCCGAAACACCGAGAGAGUAUAGGGUCAAAAAAAAAGCCCACAAGGCAGGCAAGAACGCCGCGCCGCCGGAGUCCGCACCCCAGAAUGGCUUCAGGAGACCUUUACGAGGUGGAGCGGAUCGUGGACAAGAGGCGGAACAAGAAGGGUAAGUGGGAGUACCUGAUAAGGUGGAAAGGUUAUGGAAGUAAGGAAGACACAUGGGAGCCAGAUCACCACCUGCUGCACUGUGAGGAAUUCAUUGAACAGUUCAACAGCUUGAGACUGCACUCACAUAAACGGCACAAGGUUCCAAAAAGUCGUCAAGAGCUCCUUAUCACCAGCCAGCCAUCUGCUACAGAAAACUCCAGAGCUCGUUCUGAGGCCCGAAAGAAGAAAAGGACUUGUGGCCCGGCUGUUGGAGUGAGAGUAGGAAGUGUUCUAGGGAUCGGAAGUGGAGGGUCAGGACCCACUCAGAAGCAGAGGAAGGGGGGUGUUGGACCUGGGAAAUAUGCUCUAGGGGACAGAAUCAAAGUCAUGACGUAUAAGGCUCCUCCACCGGGAGAGCCUCACUUUGUUCCUCCAGUGAGGGUUCCUCAUAACGGACUGCAGAAUGGAGAGAUGGAUCCUCUCAUGUACCGGACAGCAGCAAGGUCCCAUAGACUGCCCUCUGACAGAGGGGAUAGAGAACUAGGAGGCAUGGAUACCACUGGACAGAAGUUCACUGCUGAGCUAGGCUCCCCUCUGGCCAAUGGCAAGAUGCAUCUACACAGCUCAGUAAAGCGGAAGAUGGCCGAGGAGAAAGGCUACGUGUUCGACAAGCGGCUCAGGUACAACGUGCGACAAAAUGAGAGCAACUGUCGGUUUCGAGAUAUCGUGGUCAGGAAGGAGGAAGGCUUCACGCAUGUCCUGCUCUCCAGCCAAACGACAGACAACAACGCUCUGACACCAGAGAUCAUGAAGGAAGUGUGUCGAGCCCUGGGUAAUGCAGCUGCUGAUGAUAGUAAACUAUUAUUGCUCAGCUCCGUAGGGACUGUUUUCUGUAGUGGCCUGGAGCCCUCGUACCUGAUUGGCCGUCUGUCCACUGAUCGCAGAAAAGAGAGCAGCCGCAUCGCAGAUGCCGUACGGGAGUUUGUGUUGGCAUUCAUCCACUUCAAGAAACCCAUUGUGGCAGCAAUAAACGGACCUGCUCUGGGCUUAGGGGCCUCCAUCCUGCCCCUGUGCGAUGUGGUGUGGGCUAGUGAGAGGGCCUGGUUCCAAGCUCCAUGUGCAGCCCUCCAUCUCACCCCCUCUGGAUGCUCCUCUUACACCUUCCCCCAGAUCCUGGGCGUAGCUCUGGCCAACGAGAUGUUGUUCUGUGGAAGAAAACUCACAGCACAAGAAGCAUGCAGUCGAGGUCUGGUGUCACAGGUCUUCUGGCCGACCACAUUUAACCAAGAAGUGAUGCUGCGUGUCAAGGAAAUGGCAUCAUGCAAUGCAGUGGUUUUGGAAGAAUCCAAAUGCCUGGUGAGGAGUAUCCUCAUGUCAGUCCUGGAGGAAGUGAAUGAGAACGAGUGUCAGAUGCUGAAGCAGCUGUGGUGUUCAACCAAAGGACUUGAGGCACUCUUCAGUUACCUGCAGAACAAGGCGUAUGAGAAGUGAUCAUCCACACUCAGACAGCUGAAUCGAUGUGGGACAAAGAUUAUCUACAGAGGAAUAUCCAGGAUGACAACGGCGUGAUCUCACACUGAAGGAAUGGUUGCAUUAAGGGUCUUUUGAAAGGGGAUUCUCUGGAGUUCUGUUUGCUGACAUGUCUUCCAGCAACAACUUCAUCAUCUUCUUCCUUUGUCAUCAACUCGUAUUUCAUAGUUAUUGGAACCAGAGUUGUCCAGAUGUUUAUUCUCUGGGAGUCUAAGAGCAAAGGGCCAAAUGUGCAUUGCUUGAAUAAACACUGACGGAGGUUCUUCAGGGGGGUACAAGGUGUUUCAGUACAUAUGUGACACUUAUGUGUUUAUGAAAUUAUCAGGAGGUAUGAAAUCAAUGUAUGUCUGAUAGCAUGUGGUAAUAUAUAUUAUUAUAAAUUAAUUUCAAGUGUGUAAAAAAAGUUUUUGAAAAUAAGGGUUUUCUUCACUUGCUUUUUGUUUUGAGCUGAAGUGUAAAUCAAAGUUUGCAUGAGGACACCGUUUCUCUCUUCCUCCGUGCUCAUUCCAUCCUCUGUAUGGACGCAAGAAAUAUGGCCACAGAUGCUUGUACAAGCUCAUUCAAGUCAGUGGAUCACAUUCAGUGUUUGAAACUUCAUGAAACAAUGGAUAAUUGAUAGAAAAUGAUUUAUUGUUCAAACUGUUAGUCUUUAUUACACAUGACAGACAUAUUGUGUUAUCAUUAUCAUAAUCACCAUAAAUUUGCUUCUGUUAGUGCAGAAGUGUAUACAUAUCA